AUCAUGGGUUGGGACAAGGUCAGAGAUUCGACGAAUAUCAGUCUGUGUAUAUUCAUAGAAAUGAUCGAAUUCUGUCUCAAAAACAGCUACUUUCGCUACAGAGACAAGUUCUACGUCCAGCUGUUCGGUACAGCGAUGGGCAGCCCUCUGUCGCCCAUCCUGGCGGAUAUAGUGAUGAAUACUCUCCUCGACAACAUGAGAAGGCAGAUUCCGUUUGAAAUGCCUGUCCUCAAAAAAUUUGUUGAUGAUCUGAUCUUAGCGCUUCCUGCAGACCAGAUCGACAUGGUUCUAGAUAUGUUUAAUGCCUGCAACCCACAUAUCCAGUUUACUAAAGAGGAAGAAAUUGAUGGCAAGCUCCCAUUCAUGGAUAUGGUCGUUACUCGAAACCCUGACCAAACACUGUCCACUCAAUGGUAUGCAAAGCCAAUUGCAUCUGGCCGUUUGCUCAACUAUUGAUCGUUCCAUCCCAUGAGCAUGAAAAUCAACGUCGCGGAAAACCUAAUAUUGAGAGUCAACCGCCUCACCAACAACCAAACACUUCAACAACAGAAGCAGAUAAUCUUCAAAAUACUCCGAAUGAACGAUUAUCCGGCAAAGCUCAUCAACAGGCUGACCAAUAAGCUGACAAACUCCCAACCGCAUCAAAACGAAAUCGCCACGGCCGAAAAUCCGCCAGAAAACAGCCAAGCCGUAAACACAAACAACAACAAUGAUCAUGGGGCGCCCACCGAAAACGUCCUGUACCGCUCGCUACCGUAUGUUCCUGUCCUCUCAUCCCAAAUCAGCAGAAUCCUGAAAAAUCAAAUUCCGAACGUUAAAAUUGCAUCCAAAGCAAUAAACACCACGGCGAAGAUUAUCGGCAACAACAAAGAUCCAGUGGAACCGCCGCUUCAGUCAAACGUCGUAUAUCGAAUACCAUGCAACGACUGUCCAAUGGUAUACAUCGGUAUGACUAGGAACUACCUACGCCAACGAAUGUACGGGCAUCAAACGGAUAUCAACAAAUACAACACCAUGAUAGCAAACGGCAUCAACGAUACACAGCAGCAGAUGGAUACAGUAGGUGGACACACAGCUCUAAUAGAACACAUAAUCAAACACAAACACAUGUUUGACACAAAUAGGGUUGAAAUCAUUGACAAAACACACAAAACUAGCAAUCUCCCCAUACUGGAAAUGUGCCAUAUAAGCAAUACGGCCAAUACAGUGAACCGGAGAACCGAUGUAGAAGGCCUCAGUAUCAUCUAUGCAGGGAUACUUCACACAUACAAAACACGUCUAAAAACCAACUCGGCUAGAAAUGACAACACAAACACUAAUGUAACACAACAAGUUGACCUGUAAUGGUCUAAAAAAGCGCCAUAGCGAAAGCUCACCAUUUUGAACGGGCAGUUAAACAGUGUCCGUGAUCAGUGGUGAAAACGUAGAAAAUUAGUAGCAAACUAAAACCACCCACAACUAUUCACGCUAAAAAUGUACGACAAGCCAACACACGAUAUAUGUUCACAAACGUAAACGAUAGAUCUAAGUAUGUACAAUUUUGAUCAGAUGUCGAGCAUAAAAUUGAAUAAAAGACCCCUUUUCAGUUUCCCCUAGAAGAAGGCUGCCAAGAACAGCCGAAACGUCGGGCAGUUAACAAACUACCGUUUGAAAUCAUAAGACUGAAUAGCCGAAAACUCCGAGUAACAGAAUCUACCAGUCGAAAACCA